AUGUUCCCCUCCAUCAACUCAAUCAAGAAACCCAAGAAGAAUUUUAAUCUAUUGCAUCUUGAGACAUAAGAGUAAUAUUUCCUCUCUCUCAAAGUGGCAUUAAUACCAAGUACAAAAAGUGAUGAGUAAUAUAUUUCUAUAUUCAAUCCAAAUUCAGAAUUCGAGGCAAAUUGCAUUUAUGUUCACGUUCAUUGGUUUUUGAGCCUAAAUCAUCUUAGUUGCCACUAAUGAAAAUGAAGUACAGUAAUGGGCUCUUUAUGAAAGUACUCAAAAAUUUCGAACCAAAAUCUCUUGGUCUUUUAUUGAGUAUUCGUUGGGGCCAUCAAUUAAUGCAAGAGGAUAUCGAUCAACUCGAUUUAGCAUCAAUUUUAAAUUAAUAGAAGGGAGAAUAAGUUUCUACUAUUAUUGAUUACUAAAUUAGAAAUCGAAUGAACUUUUAGAAAAGCUAUACAAUAAAUAACGCAAGAAUAUGAUAUAAUUAGCAUGCAACUGUUUCUUCAUUAAAGUCGACAAGUUAUUUAUCAUUAAUCGAAAUCCAAUAAGUCCAUAUAUUACAGAAACUGUAAAAUACUUAAUUCUCUAUAUAGUGUGAUGACAAUAUUUUAUUCACCAUCUCUAAAUCUAAUUCAAAAUAGAAUCUAAUUCGAUUUCUUAAAUUAUAUUAAGGAAUUAAUUAAGCUGAAGAUGAGUUUACAUUCAUUAAUUAAACAAUCUAACAAACAUUGAAUGAUAGUCUCCUAGAACAUAAACAAAAUGUUGGAUCUGAAGGUCACAAAAUAGAAUUUGUCCAUAAAGGUAAGUGUAUAUUCAAAUGAUUAGUCAAACUUAUCAAACCUGAAGGAGUAAUCUUUGGGUUAUUUAGUAUAUAAAGAGAUGAGAUAUUACAAUUCAUUCCAUUAAUUAAUUCACCAUAAGGUAAAAUUAUGUAAUACAUGUUUACUGAUAUCAAAUAUUUUCUUAAAUAUAGAUAUAUGUUUAAAAAUAAUGGAAUUGAAUUUUGGAUGUACAAUAAAAAGAGAUCCUAUCUUUUUGUAUUUGAUGAUUAAACUACAUAAGAAUCUGUCUUUAAAUAUUUCUAAAAAAAAGCAUCAAAACAUUGUUUAUCAGCUUUCACUAAAGAGAAAAUUACUGAAGAAUGGAUUAAUGGUAAUAUGUCUAAUUUUGAUUAUUUAAUUGCUUUAAAUACACUUGCCAAUAGAAGUUUUAAUGAUCUAUCUGCAUAUCCUGUAUUUCCAUGGGUUAUUGCUGAAUAUAACGAAAAAGAUUUUAAUGUUAACUCUCCCUCUUUUUUUCGAGAUCUAUCUAAACCUAUGGGUGCACUCAAUAAACAUAGACUCUAAAAAUAUAAAGUAUAUUCCAUUAAAAUAAUUAUUCUAGGCAUUUUAUAAAGAUCAAUUAAAAGAUAAAAAAUAAGAUCCUAAACCUUAUCUAUACCCUACACAUUAUUCCAGUCCUGGAACUGUUGUUUAUUAUAUGAUAAGAAAGAUUCCUGAAUUUGUAAUUAAAUUAUAAAAUGGAGUAUUUGGACCUACAGACAGAAUAUUUAGAGGCAUUGAUUCAACUUGGUUUACUACACUUAAUCUCCAUGCUGAUUCUAAAGAACUUAUACCAGAGUAUAUAAUUAUUUAUAUAUAUAUAUAAGAUUUUAUGGAUUAGAUAGUGAUUUUUUAGUUAAUUGUGAUAAAUUAGAAUUAGGUAUUACAUAAGAUGGUGAAGUGAUUGAUGAUGCAGUCAUACCUGCAUGGGCAGAUAAUGCUCCAGAUUUUUUAGCUAAAAUGAGGAUUGCUUUAGAGAGUCCAUAUGUUUAAACUAAUCUUCCUUUGUGGAUUGAUUUAAUUUUUGGAAAUAAAGCUUCUGGAAAUGAAGCAGUUUUAAAUGAUAAUUUAUUCUAUCCUUACACAUAUGUAGAAAAUGUGAAUUGGGAUAAAUGCAAAACUGAUAUUGAAAGACAAGCUCUAGAGAUUUAAGUUACUGAAUUUGGUUAAGUACCUGUAUAAUUGUUUUAAACAGCUCAUCCUUAAAGAAAAUUGAAAAUUUAAGGGAAUUUAAAAUAAUUAGAAGAUGAAAAGAAAGAAUUAAAAUAAUAAAAUUAAAAUUUAUAAAACAAAAUUUAAAAAUUAACUCAGUAAAUUUAAUAGAGUUAAGAUAAAGAAUUAGUUUUAUAAUUAUAAACUUAAUUGGCUGCACUAUAAUGGGAAAAUGAGAAAUUAAAAUUUAAUCUUGAAACAUUUAAAUAAGAAAUGAUAACAAAUAAAGAGGUUAUAUAAACAUUUAAUUCAUAAUUCGAUUAAGAAGAGUUUGAUAAGAAUGGUUUUGAUUUUCUUAAUGAUGAUAGCCUCUUAGAUAGUUCUAAAAAACCCAUUUCAUGA